CGGAAAAUAUAUAACCUGUCUUGUGUUCUUUAGUUUGUUAGGGAUUCAUGCGUGUAUCGGAGUCCAGUGUACAUCAGCGAGAGUAAUGUAGGCCUAUACAACACCAUGGAGAAAUUUCUUGUUUUAGUAGAGACUAUGUGAAUGACAACUGGUAUUUAAUCAGAAGAAAUAGGUGUUUGUCGCCGAUACUAACGAAUAUGAGAUCUAUGAACGUUUCGGGUUUUCUCGCGCCAGGUGAAGUAGAAUAGUUGUGUAACCCAGCGAAGUAGAUGCUCUCGGUGGCAUUUAUAAGGAUCUGUUCUAAAGUGAAGGUCGAUGCCGUAUAUGCUGGGAAGGUUAAGUUUGUAGGCCUCCCACGCUAAUUGUUAUCAAGUUAGGAUUUAUCAGAAGCAGGACUCUGAAUAUUUCCUCCUUUUAUAAGGUAUCCUGUAAUAUUCUGUGUAGAGACUUUUCAUCCAUUAGAAGUAUGGCAUCAGAUGAACCAGCACCCAAGAAAGCAAAAACGGAUGAAGAUGCUCUCAAUAUCCACAAACGUUUGAAGAAGGAGCGAUAUGAAGAGGCUGAGGAUGUAAGUGAAUUUAAGUUCAAUAAGAAGCGAGUAGAAGUGAUUAGUAAAGAGGGAGAAGUACCUGAUGAUUGUGAUGGGAUUGUAUACUGGAUGUCUCGAGACCAGAGAGUUCAAGAUAACUGGGCAUUGUUGUUUGCCCAGCGACUGGCAUUGAAGAAUAAAGUGUCACUCCAUGUUGUUUUCUGUCUGGUUCCAAAGUUUUUGGAUGCAACCAUUCGCCAUUUUCACUUCAUGUUAAGGGGUCUAGAGGAGGUCGAGAAAGAGUGUAAAGAACUUAACAUUGAGUUUCAUCUUCUCCUUGGUGAAGCAAAAGAAGUUUUGCCCACCUUCAUCAAGGAACACAAAAUUGGGGGAUUAGUUACAGAUUUCUCACCCUUGCGUGUUCCUCAGCAGUGGCUCAAAGAUGUUAAGAAAGCUAUACCGAGUAGCAUUCCAAUGUGCAAGGUUGAUGCACAUAACAUUGUGCCAUGCUGGAUAACCUCAGAAAAACAAGAAUACUCAGCAAGAACAAUAAGAAAGAAAAUUCACGACAAGCUCCCCAAUUUCUUGACAAAAUUCCCACCUGUUGCUAAACAUCGUUAUACAAGCAAGUACAAAUCAGAGGGUGUGGAUUGGAUAGAGGCUGAGAAAAGUCUAGAGGUAGACCAAACAGUCAAGCCAGUAGACUGGGCAACUCCAGGAACAAGAGCAGGCCUGGACCUCCUGAAUGAAUUUUGCUUGAAACGUCUUCGCAAAUUUGCUGAGAGCCGUAAUAAUCCAACAUUAAAUGCACUGAGUAACCUGUCACCUUGGAUACAUUUUGGCCAGAUAUCAGCCCAGAGGUGUGUCCUGGAAGUCAAGAGAUACAACAAGCAGCUAAGCAAAUCUGUAGAAGCUUAUGUGGAAGAAGCUGUGGUAAGGAGAGAGUUGUCAGACAAUUACUGCUUCUACCAGAAAAAUUACGAUAAUAUUGAUGGAGCAUAUGAAUGGGCUCGCAAAACCCUUGAAGACCACAGAAAGGACAAACGGCCAUAUGUUUACACAAGGGAAACACUAGAGGAAGGAAAAACACAUGAUGAACUUUGGAAUUCUGCUCAGAUACAAUUGGUGACUGAGGGUAAAAUGCAUGGCUUCUUGAGAAUGUAUUGGGCAAAGAAGAUUCUGGAGUGGAUGAAGAGCCCAGACGAGUCUUUGGCAACAGCAAUCUAUCUCAAUGACAAAUACAGUCUUGAUGGCAGAGAUCCCAACGGCUAUGUUGGUUGCAUGUGGUCUAUAUGUGGCAUCCAUGACCAGGGCUGGGGAGAGAGACAGGUGUUUGGAAAGAUCCGUUACAUGAACUAUGAUGGCUGCAAGAGAAAGUUCAAGAUUGAUGCAUUUGUUGCACGGUAUGGUGGAAAAAAACACAAGUACAUUCCAGCAGUCUGAAGACUCAUACAGUGACUCAUACCACUUGUGUUCACAGCAGCUACCUAAAUCAAAAACAACGUUCUUUAUAUGUGAAAGGAACUCUGGUAUUGUAAGAGAAGAGGUAGAUGGCAGUAAACUUUUUUUAGUAAAUGUUCAAAAUGUCAUUGAUUGCAGAAAGUACUUAAAUUUCUUUCAAUAGUAAUUAGAUAUGUUUUUUGUGAUUGAUAUACAAAACCUGUUUUAUAGAUUUCCAGAUUCUACAUUACAAUAAAUAUAUAAAAUUCUCUCAGUUUUCUAAAUGUCAAUAAAUUUAAGCAAAAUCACAUGCUUUAAAUGAAUUACAUUAUCUGCAUUUAGCAUCAUGUUAGUAGUUUAGAUUCAUAUUAGUAUUUAGCUCAUAAAAUUGCGAUGUUUGGUGAUUUGCUCUACUUAUUUUUAUUUUAUCUAAAAGAAUCUCAGGACUUACUCUGUUUAAUGAGUGCAAGUUGUAUUGAUAAAGUGGAACUCAAGCACCAUUUUACCGAUUACGUUGGUUCAAAGGCUCUCUGUAUCUGAUUUAUGUUAAUUAUAUUUUAAAUAAUUAAAAAUUCUGAAAACAAA